UUCCCGCCGCUGAGCGGGCCCGCCCCGGCGCACCCCCACCCCCCGUGAUGUGGUCGGGAAGCUCCUGGGCUCGGCCGGGCCCCUGCGGGCAGUACGGAGCCGCUGAUCUUCUCCUGCGAUGUUAGCAUGGCUCUGGGCCCCUUCUACGCUGUGCCGGGGCUGCUGCCGGGAGCUAAACGCCAGCCCGGCUGCCGGAGCAGGGAGCAGGGGAUGCCGCUCACGCCUGCUGCCUAGUCUGGGAUGCGGCGGCUUGCCCCUGUCCUCUUCAUCCGCAGAGCGAGCCUGGCUCCGAGGUGCCACCCCAGGUUUGUUGGUGAAGACACCAAUGAAAAUGGGGAGCAGCACCACUGAGAAGUUUUACAGGAUCCCCGAAGGAAAAGGACCACACUCAGUUGGAUGUACAGACCUGAUGACAGAAAAUGCAGUUGAGGGGAGCUUCCUGCGCCUGUAUUACCCAUCAUGUGAUGCCACAGAUCAUGAGGAGGCACCGUGGAUUCCAGAUAAAGAGUACUAUCAGGGACUCUCUGACUUCCUUAAUAUGUACCGAGUUGUAGGAGAAAGGCUUUUCAAGUACUAUGUUGGUUCAGUGACCUGUCCUGCAAAGUCAAAUGCUGCUUUUAAGCCAGGAGAAAAAUAUCCACUCCUCAUUUUUUCCCAUGGACUUGGAGCUUUUAGGACAAUCUAUUCUGCUAUUUGCAUAGAGAUGGCUUCCCAGGGCUUUAUGGUGGCUGCUGUGGAGCACAGAGAUGAAUCUGCUUCAGCAACAUAUUACUGUAAAAAAAAGUCCCUUCCUGAACUGCAGAAAGAGUCUACAUCAAACAUUGAGAAGGAGUGGAUUUACUACAGGAAACUAAAAACUGGAGAGGAAGAGCAGUAUUUGCGCCAUAAGCAGGUGCAGCAAAGAGCGCAGGAGUGUAUCAAAGCUCUCAACCUCAUUCUUAAAAUCAGUUCAGGAGAGGAAGUAAUGAAUGUACUUAAUUCAGACUUUGACUGGCACAGCCUAAAGGAUUCUGUUGAUACUAGCAGAAUAGCUGUGAUGGGACACUCUUUUGGUGGUGCUACAGUUAUUGAGAGUCUCAGCAAAGAAAUAAGAUUCAGGUGUGGCAUUGCCCUCGAUGCAUGGAUGCUUCCUGUCAGUGCUGACAUUUACCAAAACAACAUCCAGCAACCACUGCUUUUUAUCAACUCUGAAAAAUUCCAGUGGUCUGAUAAUAUUUUAAAGAUGAAGAAGCUUAUCUCUAAUGACACGAACAAGAAAAUGAUUACUAUCAAGGGGUCAGUACAUCAGAGCUUUCCUGACUUUACCUUUGUGAGUGGAGAAAUCAUUGGGAGAUUUUUUAAGUUAAAAGGAGAAAUAGAUCCAAAGGAAGCUAUUGAUAUAAGCAAUCAUGCUUCAUUAGCCUUCCUGCAGAAACAUUUGAGUCUUAAGAAAGAUUUUGAUAAGUGGGACUCUCUUGUGGAUGGCAUAGGCCCCAAUGUUAUUCCUGGCACCAACAUUGACUUACCUCCAGCUGAACCUGAAUAAGGAGUACCAGAAGUACUGAAAAUGCCUCGGACAUCAGAACACUAAUGUUGGCCAGCCAUUGCUCAGAUAUGAUAGCACUGGCUGUUGGAGUGUGCAACAACAAAAAAGAUAAGGUACUAAGUUACCUUACAGCAGAGACACAGCAAGGUUUUAGUUCAAAUGCAUUAAUGAGAUAAUCUGAAAUACUGCAAGAGUAACCUUUGCUUUUUAGGCAUGUGAUGGUAAUUUAAAACUUCUGAUUUGGCCUUAGAAUCAAUUUUGCAGAGAGAUUAAGCUCCAAGGAAUUCAGCUGAAGUUCUACUUACCAAACUAAGUCAAGCAAGCCUUUUUGGCAGUGUAAUGAAAGAAGUUAUUAAACUGCUUAGUACUUCAGCUCUGCUCUGACAAUGAUUGAGAGCAGGUGCAGACUUUUUCAUCAUGUUAGGGAAAUACCAGUGGAAGGUCCUCAAAACUCUCUUAGUAAUCAUCACAGUAAAAGCUACAGGAAGUAGUUUAAGAUAACAGCAAAUAAAGGUUUUUGUUCAGACAGGUCUUCUCAUCUCAUGUGAACUUAAUCCACUUACAUUCAGAUCUGUAUACUGCCAUACUGUUUCCAUUCCAACAGCUGCUGAAACCACCCCUCUUGUAGCAAUUGUAAUUCACCUUAAGCAAAGCUUCAAGCAGUGCCCCUCUUGUUAGUCUCUUUAUUACCACUAUCACUCAGUCACUGCUGUAGGUGAAGUUACAGGAGAGAUGUGUCACUUCCACUACUCCCUUUAAGGAGCAUGUGAGCAUUGCUUGAUCAUGUUUACAUCUCUCAUGGUUGUAACACUCUACAGGCCCUCGUCUUUGGCACAGGUACCAUCACUGCUGUCUGUAUGGUGUCUGUAUAUGUGACUGUAUGGUGGGCUAAAAAAAACACAACAACCACUCCCUAUGUUAGAACAAAACUUUUUGAAGCUGCCACAGGGAAGGGUGACUUCUAAAUCAAUAAUCCUUCCAAAAGGGGGACUACUUUGAACUGUAUCAUGUUUGUUUCAAAAGCAGGUAACAAACAAAACAGGGGCACACAGAACAAGUGAAGCAGUUAAAAUAAACUAUAAAUAUCUGUGGUCUUAA